CCCCCGGGGCCGGGGCGGGGAGAGGCGGCUGGGGCGGCGGCGCCGAGCGGAGCGGAGCGGAGCGGGGAUGGCAGCGCCGCUGCGGGCCGCCCUGGCGCUGGGGCUGCUGGCGGCGGCUCAGCCCGCCCCGGCCGCGGGGCAGCGGCGGCGGGCAGAGCUUUUCCUGGAGAAAUACGGCUACUUCAGGGGGCCGAGGGCCGGUACACACAGCCCCGCCGAGUUCACCCGGGCGCUGAGGGAUUUCCAGCGGGUGACCCACCUCCCGCCCAGCGGGCUGCUGGAUGCCCCCACGCUCCAUCAGAUGGCUCUGCCCCGGUGUGGCACCGAUGACGGGCACGGCCGCGCUGCCGGCGCUCUGCCCGCCCGGCGCCGCCGGCGCACGGCACAGCACGGCGGGCGCUGGUUCAAGCGGCACCUGACGUACCGCGUGGUGAACUGGCCGUCCUACCUGCCGCAGCACGAGGUGCGCCGGGCCGUCAGAGCCGCCUUCCAGCUCUGGAGCAACGUGUCCUCCCUGCUCUUCUGGGAGGCCCAGGAUGGCCCCGCUGACAUCCGCCUGACCUUCUUCCACGGGGACCACAACGAUGGACUCAACAACGCCUUCGAUGGGCCAGGAGGUGCCCUGGCUCACGCCUUCUUCCCGCGGCGAGGAGAAGCGCACUUUGACAGCGCCGAGCGCUGGUCCCUGCACAGCGGCAAGGGCCGCAACCUCUUCAUCGUGGUGGCCCACGAGGUCGGGCACACGCUGGGGCUGCAGCACUCGCCCGUCAAGAGCGCCCUGAUGUCCCCCUACUACAAGAAGCUCAGCAAGGAUUUUGUCCUCAGCUGGGAUGACAUCUUGGCCAUCCAGAAUUUGUACGGAAAGCCCUCCAAGGGCUCUGCCAUCCAGCUCCCAGGAAAGGUCUUCACUCACUUCCAGGACUGGAACACGGACCUUUACGGCAGGGACCGACAGCAGAGGAGCCUCAGCACCUAUUACUGCCACUCCUUCUUCGACGCCAUAACCGCCGACGGGGAUCACAACCUCUACAUCUUCAAGGGCAGCCACUACUGGGUGGUGUCAGCCAGUGGCAACGCCAGUGACCCCCGGCCUCUGCAGCCGCGCUGGCCCGGGCUCCCCGCCGGCAUCGACGCCUGCGCCUGGUCCCAGCUCACUGGGAAGUUCUACUUCUUCAAAGGUGGCCGCUGCUGGCGCUACGCGGGCUCCGAGCUGGAGGCAGGAUUCCCCCGCAAAUGCAGCGCCCUGGGGCUGCCUCGGCACCCGGACACCGCGCUCUACUUCCAGCAGCUCCGCCGCCUCGUCCUCUUCAAAGGCCCCAAGUACUUCGUGGUGGGCGAGGAGCCCCUGGGCGUGGAGCCCUACUACCCCCGCAGCCUGCGGGACUGGGCAGGGCUGCCCCCGGGCACGGCCGGGGCUCUCACCCACCGCGACCGCGCCGUCUACUUCUUUCGGGAUGACCUGUACUGGAAAUUCGACCAGGCUAAGCUGCGGGUGGUGGCCACGGGCAAAUGGGCCACGCAGCUCGCCUGGAUGGGCUGCUGGGAUGCCAACAGUGAGCAGGUCCCGUUCUGAGCGCGGUGGGAUGGGAUGGAGCGGGGCCCUGGACCUCGCCUCGCCUGGAUCCCUCCGUGAGUGACUCUGGGCUCCUGUCUGAGGAUGGCUGGGCAGGGACAGCUGCCUGUUGGAGACCUGGGAUGGUGGAGCAGCGACCCAGCAGAGCUCGGAUGCAGCCGGGACAGGACUGCGGCAGCCAGGCAGCCUGCAGGCUUUGGGACAGUAUUAAAAAGACCACAGAAAAAAUGUAUCAGCCACGGAGACUGCAAACACACCCACUUCUGUUAACUUUCAGGAUACUGUUACACGUGUUUUUCAAACCAGGACUGGGGUUUGGCGAUACUUUUUGAUAUCUUUGUUGAUACUUGUUGAUAUCUGUCAUUUUCCUGCGAUCAGAUGGAGAAGUGUCUCGCUGCUGAUUGCUUUGGGGUUUGGAUGGUUUUAAACAGCAGACUGACAGGAGACAGGACUGUCUCCUGCCUAAAACUAAAAGAAAGGAGACAUUUGGACAAAACUUUGGGUCCAUGUGGAGCUUUGCCCCUGCUGUUUGCUCAUACUCUGGGGUGUGGAGGGUUGGGGAUGCUUUGCUGGACUGUGCUCACACCCCAGUGCUCUGCUGAGGCACCAGCUGGACACACCAGCACAGUGGGAUUUUGGGGCUGAAAGCAGUGGGGUUUGGUGUUGGAGAGAAAGGGGGGGCUCGGCUGAGCUGCUGGCCAUGUCACCGUGCAGCUCACAGGCAGCAGGAGCGCUGGCUUUGGAUGGGUUUGGGGUGCCUGGACGGGCUCCCCUGGGCUGUGCUCCCCUGGGCUGUGCUCCCCCAGCAGCCCUCGCUGUGUGCACAGAAGGUGCCUGUGCUCCUGCAAGGGACAGGAUCAGGGAAUUUCUGACUCCCUGGGCCCCACCCAGAUGAACAUGAGUGACAAAUAACUGGGGGAGGAGGGGAAGAGGAGAGGGUGGGCAGGACAGAGGGACAUGUCUGUGCAUGCAGGCUCACAGGGACAGUGUGGCUGCAUAUUCCUCAUUCCUUUCCCAAGGCAGGCUCCCCACCUGGAAACGCUGCUGCCUCCUGGGCAGGGUCACCAGUCGUGUCUGCAAAGGGCCACUGUGCCCCAGGGCUGGGGGAUGCACCUCAGCUUCCCAGGGCUGGAAUUCUGAGGCAUUGGUGCUGAGCAAGACAGGGGCUCAGCUUUAUUAAACGAUUUAUUGAAACCAUUUAUGCAGUGGUUCUUCCAGGACUCAGAGCCCAGCACUGCUCUGCUCCUGCUGUGCCACGUCAGGGUGCCCUCCUGAUGCCAGCAGCUUCAAGGAUUCCUCCUUUCCUCAUCUUUGCCCUUUCUAGACCUUCCCUGCAGAGCAGGGCUUGCCCUGAGCAGGGCGCCAGGGCUGGUCCUUCCCGAGGGCUUUCGGUGGUGCCCGAUGCCAGCUGAGCUGUGGGUUUGGCAGGAUGGGGAGCCAGCAUUUCCCCCAUUCUCCAUAAUCCUUGUGAGUGAGCCCUUCAUGUGCAGACACAGACACAGGGUCCUCACCUGCCCAAAACCUCAGGGGAUUUCCAGCUUGCCAGAGAAACACACAUUUCCAUAGGAAUUGAAUGACAAUAAGGUGACGUGGCCUGCAGGGAGUCCCAAGGGCUUGGAGACCUGACAGCAAAUAAAACCAGCCUCUGGAUAUG